GAAGUCUUGUAAAAGUUCAUAGUGGUGUUAAUUUGUCACAUUUGAAACACGGAUUGGUAAGAUGUUUUGCAACAACAAAUGUGACGUGGACUCCCAGGGAAUCAAAAAAGACCGUCGUGGAUAAGACUGGAAAAAAUAUUGUUUUUGUAGAUGCUGUCAGAACACCAUUUCUGGUGGCUGGUACUGAUUAUUCAAAGUUGAUGGCACAUGAUCUAGCUAGGCAUGCAUUAUUGUCCCUUCUGCGAAAGACAGGAAUUCCGAAAGAAAUUAUAGACUACAUUAUAUAUGGAACCGUUAUACAGGAAGUGAAAACGAGCAACAUUGGACGUGAAGCUGCUCUUGCUGCUGGUUUCUCAGAAAAAACACCAGCGCACACAGUUACAAUGGCGUGUAUUAGCUCAAACCAAAGCAUUACCACAGGAGUCGGGCUUAUUGCAGCUGGAGCAUAUGAUGUCGUCAUUGCGGGAGGAGUGGAAUUCAUGUCUGAUAUUCCCAUUCGUCUGUCUCGCAAACUUCGCAGUCUUCUUUUGCGUUUGAAUAAGACCAAAACGAUAGUCCAAAAACUUCAGCUUCUCUCUACAUUACGUCCUUCAUAUCUUGUUCCAGAGUUGCCAUCAGUGGCAGAAUUCUCAUCGGGUGAAACUAUGGGGCAUUCUGCAGAUCGGUUGGCAGCCUCAUUUGGUGUAUCUCGUAAAGAGCAGGAUGAAUAUGCUCUGCGCUCCCACACCUUGGCCCAGCAGGCAUAUGAUAAGGGAUACCUCACAGACAUAGUUCCAAUGAAAGUUCCUGGAGUAUCAAAGACUGUAUCAAGGGAUAAUGGAGUUAGAGUUUCAACUCCUGAGCAGCUGCAGAAACUGAAACCUGCCUUCAUUAAACCACAUGGAACAAUAACUGCUGCAAAUGCAUCUUUUCUGACUGAUGGUGCUUCAGCUUGCUUAAUUACCACGGAAGCGAAAGCAAAGGAACUGGGUCUGAAACCAAAGGCCUAUGUUCGAGAUUUUAUCUUUGUUUCGCAGGAUCCAAAGGACCAGCUUCUUCUUGGUCCAACAUAUGCUGUACCCAAAGUGCUGGAAAAGGCUGGUCUCCAGCUUAGUGACAUUGAUGUUUGGGAAGUUCAUGAGGCUUUUGCAGGUCAGAUCCUGGCCAACUUGAAAGCAAUGGAUUCAGACUUCUUUGCCCAGAAAUACAUGGGACGGAAUACAAAAGUUGGAGUUCCUGACCUUAACAAGUUCAACAGCUGGGGAGGUUCCCUCAGUAUAGGACAUCCAUUUGCUGCAACAGGUGUACGUCUCACAGCACAUGCAGCCAACCGACUGAUACGAGAAGAUGGCAGGUUUGCUGUGAUCGCUGCUUGUGCAGCAGGUGGUCAGGGUGUUGGAAUGAUUGUUGAACGACAUCCAGAUGGGCAACCACAUUAAGGAACAGUAUAAGAUAUUGAAGCAACAAGCCAUGCAAAUAAACAUGCUUACACAGGUACUGGUACACGCUUGUACGUGUUUUAUAUGAGAUGUUUCUUGACAGAAAAAUCUGAGAUGUCAAGAAAUUGCCUUGUACAAAUAUAAAGCUUUUCCAUUAUGAAUGUAUAAUUUUAGUUUGUAAUUUUUAAGUAAGAUAUAUACAUACACAUAUAUAGAUAAUUUUCAUAUCACGAGAACAAUGCUAACUGAAUAAUUUUCUUAUCAGCUUUUAUAUAUUGAAUAUAAGAUGUUUAUAAAACUGUGACUUUUGAUGAAAGAUCUUUGUUUUUAUAUGUAUUUUUUAAGACAUGAUCAUCUUAAUUACCUUAAGAAAGAUUAUCUAAAUAUAAUUUUGAAUUCUUAGGUACACUGCCUGGCACUACAAACAUAAUUUAAUAAUAAAUGAUAAACUGUAAUAUUACAGUGGAAAUCUGAA